AGCAUCCAGAGCAGCGCUUCCAGAGCAGAGCCACCCUCCAGUCAGUCCGGCAGUUCAACCGGAUCCGGAGUUCAGUCGAUACCGUUAACUCUUUCAAAUUGGACGCGUAAGCGCGUUCGCGAAAUUAGUGAGCGAGUUAGAAAGAGAGAGCGAGCUUAUAAAAAGAAAGCCCCAAAGUGCGGAAAGUGAUCGCCAAAAUUCCAAUUAAAAUAAAAUAUUUAAGAAAAAUAAAAAUCAAAUACCAAUAAAGUACUGGCAAAGAUAGAAUUUCUAGUAAAAGUAACCGGAAACUAUCCCAAACAACUAAAAAUCUAUAUAGAUCUUAAAAAUAAAUCCUUAUAUGAACUGGAACUAAAUAAAAUACAUUUUGAUUGAUUGGCUCGUACAAGAACUCUAAGAAACCUUAUAAUCAAGGGCCUAUAAAGUCGAAACCCAGUUUCCGUAACCCCUGAUCGCGUAGUUAACCUUCAAGACCACCAUCCCACCAACCAGCACGGCCACUCCCUUGCAUGUGAGACCCGUAAACGACCCUCUCCGGUCCCUGGUCGAUCCAAUGAAAAUGGAAGAUCCCACCAUAAACGACACGUACGUGCAGGAGUUCGAUCUGCAUCAUUUGGAGGUGGGCGGUAACGGAGCUGGCCCGGCUCACGGUGGUCCCCAUGUGACCACCAUUGGUCAUGUGAAGCGCGAGGAUCACAGUCCGCCGCAACCGGUGGCGGUCAAAUGGACAACGAUCCAUGGCGAGCCCACAAAUCCGGAGGAUGAGCCCGAAUCGCUGCCCCUUUCUGGACCAGAACCCGCCGGAGCCGUUGAGGUCUCCCCAUCGCCGCACAUUAAACUGAGGUCCUUUUCGGGACAGCACCAGUGGCACAUGGACGAGCGACGCCUACAUCCACUGUCGCCGCCGCCAGAGCAAUAUGGUCCGCUGCCCGGACAGGCGAUCCUGGUCAACACAUCCUCGGGAGCGGCGGGAGCGGGUGUACCUGGUGGAGUGCCCUCAACGCCGCCGGAAACGCCACCCGUGGUGGGUUCGCCCACGGGCAGCAGCAGUUGUCCGGCCCAGACCUAUGCCCACCACUAUGCCCGUACUCCGGGUAGCUCCGUAUCUGCCUCUUCCGCCGCUGCCGCCGCCGCUGCUGCAGCUGCCUCCGCCGGAGCGGCCUCGGUGAGCGCAGGACUAAGUCACGACAUGAUGUGGCUGACGAACUCGAUAAGGGCGGAUCAACAGCCGCUGGAUCUAAGACCGCUUCCCUAUCCGGGCUCCCAGGAGGAGGCAGAGGAGUGGGACAGGCAGCGGGAUUAUGCCCUCCAGGCGGCUGCCGCCCAUCACCAUCACCACGGACAGCCGCUGAUGCAGGCGCAGCAUCAUCAUCCGCAUGGUCAUGGUGGUCAUCCGCACCAGGUGGUGCUGCAGCAGGGCAAAUAUCCGCACCACCAUCACCACCAUUUCCACAAUCUGGAUCUGACGCCCAUCAAUAUGCACUCGAAUUCGUAUGGCGGUGCUCCGGGCUCCCUGACGCCCACCUGUCUGCCCCAGGUGCCCAGCAAUGGGAGUGGCAGCAGCAGCGGCGGAGGUGGAGGCGGCGGUGGCAGUGGCAGUGGCAGCGGUGGUCCCGGCAGCGUGGGCGGUGGAUCCUGCGUGAUCACCCGGGCUGCGCUGCAACCCUGCCGCCCACUCUCCGCCAGCUCGACCAGAUCCUCGAACAACAUGUCACCCAGAACCUGUUCCGGUGCCUACAGCAAUGCCACGCUGGAGGAUUGCCUCAACGAUGACAUGCUGACCACGUUGACGGUGAGGGAGCUGAACAAGCGACUCCAUGGCUGUCCACGCGAGGAGGUAGUGCGUCUGAAGCAGAAGCGGCGCACCCUGAAGAAUCGCGGUUAUGCCCAGAACUGCCGGUCGAAGCGACUUCAUCAGCGCCACGAACUGGAGAAGGCCAAUAGGGUGCUCAACCAGGAUCUGCACCGCCUGAAGGUGGAGUACUCGAGGGUGUGCCAGGAGCGGGAUGCCCUCAUGCAGCGCCUGCAGCGAGUGGGCGCCGCCAAUGGGGGCGGAGGAGGAGCAGGUGCAUCCGCCGGCGGCGAUAGCCAAAGCUCCCCGGAAUUCUACCUCUGACGCCAACUGGCGGUGGCCAGCGGCUCCUCCGCAUCCUCAUCCUCCUCCACGCAGCAGCACCACCACCACCACCAGCAACUCCAUCUCCAGCACCGGGGUCCGCAGUGGAAUCCCCAGCAGGUGGUCAACUAAAUGAAAAGCGUUCCGGGUGUAAGGUAUUUGCCAAAAAGAGUUAGUGUCCAACCAAAGUUGGUUAUUUCCGCAGGUUUUCUUAGACAUAUUUUAAAGUUAAUUGAUACACAUAGUUCCAAGAAUGUUUUCCAAAUAAUUUGUUAUAGGGUCUUAACUCGUUUAAAAAUAAUAUUUAAUAGAAAAUGUUUUCAAAGUUCAGUUGCAUUCCCAAAACGAAUUUUAAUUCGAUGUUAUCCAAGCAUUAUCAUAAGAUUAUCCGAACUUUAUCUUUAACUUGUUUACAAAAGAACUUAAAUAUUUGAUAUUGAACAUUCAUUUUUGAUUUUAAGCAAAGCAUUACCAUUAACACCACUGUUGAUAUUUAACUUAAUAUUCAGCUAUUUAAAAAAAAAAACUCUUUGGAUAGUUCAGUACAUUAAAAAAAGUACAGAUAACAUCCUAUUUCUUUACCCUAGAAUUCAUGUGCAUUCUCUCAUAUAUUUAAAAGAAUUUCCAUUUAAUCAAAAUUGCUGAACUAUUCGUCAUAUUCCGGGAAUUCUAAUGAGCAUUUUUAAUUCGAAAUUAUUGAAUGGGAUUUUUCUAGCGUUUAAUUCUCUAUUAAUUUGAUUGCGACAAUAAAUUCCGAUUGAAUAUCAGUUUGAGAACUUCGAAAGUGAUCGACAGAGAUUGAAAUACAUAGAUAGAGGGAAAAGUAAGAGAGAGUGUGCAUGUUUGGAUGGAACUUUUGCUGAUUAUCAGUCUGACUAAGGCAAAGAUCGAUUAUAAUUAACACUAAUUCGAGCUCGUAUGUAUAAAGGACAAACAUUGUAUAAAACAAAGGAACAACAACAAACAUAAAGUAAAAUUAAACUAGCAGCUUCUGAUUAACAAUCGCUACAUUAUUACAAAUUACGAGUUAGUAACACACGCUUAUUUGUUGAUUAGUUCUAGCCUUAGUUUCUCUACUAGUAUUAAGCGAGAGCAGAAGCGAAUAUUAAUAUCAUAGAUGCGAUAGUUGUUCUUAGAGGCCGUGUUUCCGUUUCCGUUUUAGCCACAACCACGCCCCCCGCUCCAUCCCUUCAGAAAGCAAUAAAAUUACUAAAACUAAAGGUUGUAUUACGUUUAAAUACCGCAAACUUCAAGAACCGAUGUUGUAUAAAGUGAAACUGGAACGAAAUGAAGAGCAAAACUCAACUGAAGUAAACUAAACAAACAAGUCCUAUACAAUGUAAUAAGCACUGAGAACGAUAAUGAAAAAUGUAAAUACACCCACACACUUACGAUUCUGUACAUUUUAAGAUUUAUUGAAAGCAUUCUUUCUGUCUUUGUGAAACUAGAAGAAAAACACGAAUACUGAACGCAAAAAAUCUAAGAUAAAUUAAUAACUAAAAACAAUUGUGAGUAGUCUUAAGUGUGCAUAAAAUAAUUUAGUAA